CCCAGCGCGGUGAACCCGUGGGCGGCUGCAGAGAGGAGAUACCAGCCUGGAUACGGGAUGCUUUUGACUUAAACCAGUCUAAUGACGCAACACGUUUACUCAUCGCAGCUUAAAACUGUGAGGGACAACACGAUAAUUGCAGGGAUUCCCGGGUGUCUCCCGACCGUGAGCUGGCUGAAGCUGACAGACAUAACGUGACAGCUUCACGCGCUGCAGGAAAUUUACCUCUCCGGACGCCAGAUGUGAACUUUCAACAUGGCAUACAUCACGUUGGCUUUUCUGCUGCUCGGUUUCACUGCAGGAGCGCGUAUGUUGGUGUUUGGAUCUGAAACGGGGUUCUUCAACUCAUCCAAGAAAGUUCUCACCACAUCUGGCAAAGAAUGUAAGUUCCCAUUUCGUCAGGGUGGAAGGAUUCAUUACCACUGCAUCACCAUCGCCAGCUCCAAACCAUGGUGCUCCCUCACACACAACUUUGAUCGGGACAGACAGUGGGGCCUUUGUGCUCAGUCUGGUGGCACAUCCCGAAGAGGACUGGAUCCCUGUCGGAAGAAUCCAUGUGAGAACGGAGGGGUCUGCACAGCCAUCCCACAAACUGGCUCUUUUCAGUGCUCAUGUCCAGAGAAGUUCACUGGGACACGCUGUGAGCAAAAGAAGUGCUAUGAAGCCGCGCACCUGCGGCAUUAUGACAUCGGAGAGUCUUGGGGAAGAAUUCACCUUCGUAAUGUGGAACAGUGCACAUGUGAAGCCGGAGAAAUCAGCUGUCAAAGAGUCCACUACAGGAUGUGCCGCAGAAACCCUUGCAAAAAUCAAGGAACAUGUCGGCUGAUUACAUCCACCGGGAAGGAAGUGUGUUUCUGCAAAAUGGGGUACAGUGGGCCUGACUGCAGCCUUGUGCCAGAGACUGAAUGCUACAAAAGCAGGGGCAUGGGCUACAGAGGAGUGGUGGGCACCACAGAGUCCGGAGCCAGAUGUCUGCCAUGGAACUCUGACCUGCUCUUUGAUGAGCUCCAUGUGGGCGUGGUAAAUGCGUCAGCCCCCAAAGGUCUUGGGGAUCAUGCCUUCUGCAGAAACCCAGAUGGGGACAGUAAGCCAUGGUGCUACACGGUAACUGACAGCGCCAUCUCCUGGGAGUACUGCAACGUCCCCUCCUGUGUGAUGUCAUUCUCCUCUUCUCGAAGGAUAAUCCCAUUGAACGCUCUGCCCCACAUCAAGAAACCUGCCUCUUCGAAGCCGGCCAAAAAACCUGUGUGCGGGGUAAAACACAAGAAGAGGUUAGCGGUAGCAAGGGGUCGGAUUUUCGGAGGAAACGCAGCCCUGCCAGGCACUCAUCCAUGGAUGGCAGCCAUUUAUAUCGGACAGUCAGACUUCUGCGGUGGCAGUCUAAUCUCUUCCUGCUGGGUCCUUUCCGCCGCUCAUUGCUUCUUCAGCAAGUAUGCAACACGCCCGCUUGCGUCUCAGCUUAAAGUUGUUCUCGGCCAGCAUCACUUUAACGUCACCGGUCCCAACACGAAGGAAUUUGAGGUAGAGGACUAUCACUACCCUAAAGAGUUCUCUGUCUUCAAUCCGACGCUACAUGACAUCGUUCUAAUCAAGCUGAAAAAGAAGGACGGUCGGUGCGUGAGGAGAACCCCGUUCAUUAGGCCCAUCUGCCUCCCAGAGAAAAGCAUGAAGUUCCCUCCAGGCUACUGCUGCUCCAUCAGCGGAUGGGGACAUACAAAAGAAAAGGCAAAUGGCUACUCCACUCUGCAGGAAGCAGGAGUCAGACUUGUUUCUCAUGACGUCUGCAAGAAGCCGCAGGUUUACGGAAACCAUGUCACCGACGACAUGAUCUGUGCAGGGCUCAGUGGAUGCGUGGAUGCAUGCCAGGGAGACUCUGGGGGCCCACUGGCCUGUGCGAAGGGUGACGUCAGCUUCCUGUACGGGAUCAUCAGCUGGGGCGAGGGCUGCGACAAGCCGGGAAAACCUGGAGUUUACACAAAAGUGGUCAAUUACCUCGACUGGAUCCAUUCAGCAAUGAAACGUAAAAAAAGGACUUUAUGACCGUUAAUUACCUGGAAAUUAUCUGUGAUACUGUGUAGUUUAUACAUAUUUUACGUGUUAUAUAUUUUCCUACUGUUUUUGGAAGUAUAUGAGAAAUAUAUAUUUUUAACUGUGAAAUAUUUUGUGACUGAUUAAACUUUUAAUGACUUGACAAAAUGUGUUUUUAGGACCAAUAAA